AUGGAAACCGGCCAACUCAUCGAAGCGAUUAAUCACUUCACAUUCCACCUUCAGAAGCAGCAUAAUUGGCAGCCAAUAUGUGGCAUCAACGUCUUUUCGUGCCUCCUCAUGGCUGCCUACGCAUCCGACGGCAAUUCUCGUCAGGAGUUUCUCCAAGCUUUGUGCCUCGGUGACAUUUCCAUUCGGAGUGCCGCUAGAAGCUUAAAGGAGUUCAUAGAAGAUAUAGAACGUGCCGGGAAUCUAGUCAACGCGAAUUCGAUGUGGCACCGACCAGACAGGAGGUUGACUGCUCAGUUCCAGGAUGCUAUGCAGGACUUCAAGGUUGUUGUAGGAGCAAUAGACAGAGACGGUAUUGCACGUUUCAUCUACAAAGCCACCCAGGGACUCAUCGACCCUGAUGUAUCCGUCUCGUCAGACAUGGCGCUAAUGCUAUACUCUUGUUUCUACUUCAAAGGGAAUUGGAAAACACCAUUUGACGGCGGAAAUACAUUCUCUUCGACAUUUUACACCUUCCAAGGCGAUUCCAUGCCAUGCGAUAUGAUGACCAUGAGCGACUCGUUUGACUAUUUGGAAACUUCGACCUACCAAGCACUGAUAUUACCAUAUGAACUAGGAGAUAUGACGGUGUCACAGCCACACUGGGCUGCGCUGUUCGUAUUGUCGAAAAAUCCUACAGAAGCUGGCCUCCACGAAGCCAUAGCCGGAGUGACUCAAGACCCGCAUUCAUGGUCACUAGUAUUCGAGCCCUGUGCCCCAACUGGGAUGGAUAUCUACAUUCCAAAGUUCUCUCUCGCUACCAAGAGCGAUUUGAUCCCUAGUCUACGAAGAAUGGGCGUAUCCAGCGCGUUACAUCCGUCACUUGACUUCUGGGCCACGACUCCUAGGGAGGAAACUUGGAUAUCGAAUAUUGAACACAUGGUGUAUCUGAAGUGUGAUGAGUUAGGUACCGAGGUGGCUGCUGUGACGGAGUGCUCUGCAGAAGAUGGUUUGGAUGAAGGAAACGUGCAUUUUAUGCUGGAUCGACCGUUUUGGAUGGCCGUCUUUGAUCGAGUGUCGGAGGUGGUACUUUGUUCUGGGGUUGUACAAGAUGUUGGAGGGAUUGAUCGUGCGACUGAGAAUUAUCCGUCUUGA